AUGGCCUUUUCUUCUCGCCUCUUAUCCAAAUCGAAACAGUUGUAUUCUGGCCACAUCCUGCUGCAACGGGAGCAUGCGGUUCCUGUCCGUUUCUUUGCCAAAGAAGCCGCUCCUCGUCCAGCCCUUAAAGGAGAUGAGAUGCUGAAGAACAUUUUCUUGGAGGUUAAGAACAAAUUUGAGACUGCUAUGAGUGUACUACGGAAGGAAAAGAUCACAAUAGACCCUAAUGAGCCAGCUGCAGUUCAGCACUAUGCGAAGGUCAUGAAGACUGUUAGAGAAAAGGCAGACUUGUUCUCAGAAUCUCAAAGAAUUCAAUACACCAUUCAAACACGAACGCAAGAUAUUCCAGAUGCCCGAACAUAUCUGUUGACGCUGAGGGAAAUUCGAAUCAGGAGGGGCCUAACUGAUGAACUUGGUGCAGAGGCUAUGAUGAUGGAUGCAUUGGAAAAAAUUGAAAAAGAACUUAAGAAACCACUCAUGCGGAAUGACAAGAAGGGAAUGGGUCUUCUUAUGGCAGAAUUUGAUAAGAUCAAUAAGAAACUUGGAAUAAGGAGGGAAGAUCUGCCGAAGUAUGAAGAACAGUUGGAACUCAAAAUUGCCAAAGCACAGUUGGAGGAGCUGAAGAAAGAAGCUGUUGAGGCAAUGGAAACUCAAAAGAAAAGGGAGGAAUUUAAGGAUGAGGCGAUGGUUGAUGUGAAGUCAUUAGACAUCCGAAACUUUCUCUGAAGUUGAGCUUGUUGGUUAGUGCUUUGCUCUGCAUUUUGCUUUGCAUUUAACAGUUGUUAGGAUACUCUUAUCCAGCAAUUGUUUGAAGAAAAGAGAUUAUACCUCUUCAGGUAUUUGUUAAAAUAAAAGGAGAUACUGAAUUAAUGUUUUGGUCAUUUGUAUGUGUCCGGUCUGUCUUUAACUCCUUGCACUAAUUGGUUGGCGAUAUCCGACCAGGGUGAGAUUUGAAAUUGCAGUUGAAGUGCUGCCUCUUUUUUUUUUUUUUUUUAAAUGGCCUACUUUUGUUUUAAGUUUCUGCUAUAUUACAUGUGGAUUUUGAA